UCCUUUCGUCUUUUCAUUUUACUCCUCAUUCUUCUCUGCUCUCUUCUCUCUCUUCCCCCACGAAGGAGGGAUGGAGAUAACAAAGAAACCAAAUAUACCAAUGUGUCUUGUCUUAGAUUAUUCUUCCAGGCCCUUCAUGACUCUCUUGUUCACCGUCCUCCUCUUCUUAACCGGCCUAGCUUCAGCGGCUCCCAUCGGUGGUGGCCCAACCGCUGGUUUUAAACCGGCUGAUGACAUUCUCAUUGAUUGUGGGAGCAAGUCUUCAACCAAAACUCCUGAAGGUAGAGUCUUCAAGAGUGACUCAGAGACGGUUCAGUAUAUAGAAGCCAAAGACGACAUUCAGGUCUCUGCUCCGCCUUCAGAUAAACUCACUUCUCCUAUCUACCUAACCGCUAGGAUCUUCCGCGAAGAAGCAAUUUACAAGUUCCAUUUGACCAGACCUGGUUGGCAUUGGGUUCGUCUCCAUUUCUUUGCCUUUCCCAAUGACAAGUUUGAUCUCGAGCAAGCAACUUUCUCUGUUUUAUCAGAGAAGUACGUCUUGCUUCACAACUUUAAACUAAGUAACAACAACAAUAAUGAUAGCCAAGCCAUUGUUCAGAAGGAGUACCUCGUCAACAUGACCGAUGCUCAGUUCGCCCUUAGGUUCAAACCUAUGAAAGGUUCCGCAGCGUUCAUCAACGGUAUAGAACUUGUGUCAGCUCCAGACGAACUCAUCUCUGAUGCUGGCACUUCUCUUUUCCCUGUCAAGGGCUUUUCGGGUCUGUCUGAGUACGCGUACCAGUCGGUUUACAGGGUUAAUGUUGGUGGUCCUUUGAUUACACCACAUAAUGACACACUAGGAAGAACCUGGACACCUGACAAAGACUACUUGAAAGAUCCUAAUCUGGCUCACGAUGUCAAAACAACCCCUACAGCGAUCAAGUAUCCUCCUGAAGUUACACCGCUGAUUGCGCCACAGACGGUUUACGCUACAGCCGCAGAGAUGGCUGAUUCUCAAACCAUAGAUCCUAACUUCAAUGUCACAUGGAACUUCCCAUCAAACCCAUCAUUUCACUACUUCGUUCGUCUUCAUUUCUGUGACAUCAUCAGCAAGUCACUUAAUGACCUCUACUUCAACGUUUACAUCAAUGGCAAGACCGCCAUCUCCGGGCUGGAUUUGUCCACUCUAGCUGGCGAUCUUUCUGCUCCUUACUACAAAGACAUUGUGGUGAACUCGACUCUUAUGAAAUCUGAGCUUCAGGUCCAGAUUGGUCCCAUGGGAGAAGACACUGGGAGAAAGAACGCAAUCUUGAACGGAGUCGAGGUCCUGAAGAUGAGCAACUCAGUGAACAGUCUUGAUGGAGAAUUUGGAGUUGAUGGUAAAAGAGCGAGUAUGGGGAAGCAAGGGAUGGUUGCAACUGCAGGUUUUGUGAUGAUGUUUGGAGCUUUCGUAGGUCUUGGAGCAAUGGUUUACAAGUGGAAGAAGAGACCACAAGAUUGGCAGAAGAGAAACAGUUUCUCUUCUUGGUUACUACCAAUACACUCUGGUGACAGUACCUUCAUGACAAGCAAAACCGGUUCUCACAAAUCCAACUUGUACAAUUCCACGCUUGGCCUCGGACGCUUGUUCUCUCUCUCGGAGCUUCAAGAAGUCACAAAGAACUUCGAUGCAUCAGAGAUCAUCGGUGUUGGUGGAUUUGGAAACGUUUACAUCGGUACCAUCGAUGAUGGAACUCAAGUCGCCAUCAAACGAGGCAAUCCACAGUCAGAGCAAGGGAUCACAGAGUUCCACACAGAGAUUCAAAUGCUAUCUAAGCUUAGACACAGACACUUAGUCUCCUUGAUUGGAUACUGCGACGAGAACUCAGAGAUGAUCCUCGUCUACGAAUACAUGUCCAAUGGUCCUUUCAGAGACCAUCUCUAUGGAAAAAACCUUUCUCCUUUGACAUGGAAACAACGACUAGAGAUCUGCAUAGGAGCUGCUCGAGGGCUUCACUAUUUGCACACAGGAACUGCUCAAGGCAUUAUCCAUCGUGACGUCAAAUCCACUAACAUUCUGCUUGAUGAAGCUUUAGUUGCUAAAGUAGCUGACUUUGGCCUCUCCAAAGACGUUGCCUUCGGACAGAAUCAUGUCAGUACGGCCGUGAAAGGUAGUUUCGGGUAUUUAGACCCGGAAUACUUCAGGAGACAACAACUCACAGACAAAUCCGAUGUUUAUUCUUUUGGUGUUGUUCUUCUAGAAGCUCUAUGUGCAAGACCAGCCAUUAAUCCGCAGCUUCCAAGGGAACAGGUCAACUUAGCUGAAUGGGCUAUGCAAUGGAAACAAAAAGGGUUGCUCGAAAAGAUCAUCGACCCUCAUCUCCUUGGAACUGUGAAUCCUGAAUCUAUGAAAAAGUUUGCAGAAGCUGCAGAGAAGUGUUUAGCAGAUUACGGUGUUGAUAGACCAACAAUGGGAGAUGUAUUGUGGAACUUAGAAUAUGCUCUCCAGCUUCAAGAAGCUUUUUCUCAGGGAAAAGCUGAGGCUGAGGAGGUUGAGACCGCUAAGCCCAUGGCUGCUGCUGCUGCACCGCCUUCACCUGCUGCCACCACCGCGGCAACAAGUGAACGUCCGGUUUCUCAGACUGAAGAGAAGGAUGACUCAACAGUGGACCAACACUCUGGAACGGCCAUGUUUACUCAGUUUGCUAGCCUCAACGGAAGAUAAGCUAAGCAUUUCCACCAAACCAAACGGUGUGAAAAGUUAGAAAAAGAAAAACCUUAAGGUACUCUGUCUGUCUCACAUAGUUUGAUGUUUUAGAGAAUAAUCUUUGUCUCUCAAAGAUUGAUGUUCUGAAUAUUUUUAAUAUAUUUUUGUUUUAAUAAUUACUGAUGUUAUAGAGUGUAUGGAGUGGGAAAAUA